AUGAAAGCUUGGGACCCUGCGAUCAAUUUCAAAAAGGAGGAUAUCAGGGUGGUUCCAAUCUGGGUUCAUUUAGAUGAUCUUGACUUGAAAUAUUGGGGGGAGAAAUCAUUGUUCAAGAUCAUUGGACAGGUAGGGACUCCUAUAAUGGUUGAUGAUGUGACUAAGCUCAGGGAUAAACUCAGUUUUCCUAGAGUUUUAAUUGAGGUAUCGUUGAAACAAGAAUUUUCGGACCUAAUAUACUUCGAAGAUGAGUAUGGCUUUAACACCUCUGUAUCGAUCUCAUACGAAUGGAAGCCCAUUGUGUGUAAUCAUUGCUUUGGAUUGGGUCAUUCUACGGCUGAUUGCAGGAAAAAAGGAGGAAGGAAACAAGAAUGGGUAAUUAAAGAUGAUGGGAAGAAAAAGGAUGCAGCUGUGCCUAGCAAAGACACUAAGAUUGAUGCUGAUGGCUUUCAACCAGUAGCUAAGGGUUGGAAACCAAAAGAAAAGGUCCCAGUAGUGGCUGCCACAAUGGACAACUCAUUUCAGGUCUUAAUAGAGCCAUUAAACUCAGCUACUGAAGGGGGAGAACAGACUGAGAAUUGCCAAAAACAGAGUUUAGAUGGGGAAAUAACAAGAGGGGGAGAGGACCUCCUCUUGUCAAUGGAUAAAAUAAUGAGUUGGAACGUCCAAGGGAUCAAUAGCCAACAAAAGCAAAACACAGUCAAGCAAUUGAUUGUUAAUCAAAAAAUUGGGCUAGUUGGUCUUCUUGAGACGAGAGUUAAGGCCCAGAACCUUGGGGCCUUAUAUGUUCGAAUGUUUUCGGGGUGGUGUUUCACGUCUAAUAGUGCGUGGCAUGAUGGAGGAAGAAUUAUAGCCAGUUUCUAUGUUACAUUUAUAUAUGGUUUCAAUGAUGAGGAAGGUAGGAGAGGCCUUUGGAGAGAUCUUCAGGAGCUUUCUGUUAUGGAAUCUUGGAUUGUCCUGGCUUGUCAACUUGAAGAUGUUAAGUAUAGUGGAAACUUCUUCACUUGGAGUAAUAAGCAGCAAGGAGAGGAGAGGAUAUUUUCAAAGAUAGAUAGGGUAUUGGCAAAUCAGAAAUGGUUGGACUCGUUUCCUAACGCUGAAGUAUUUUUUCAGAAUGAGGGACUUUUCGAUCACACGCCUGCCAUUCUUACUGUGUAUGAUGUGGUUUUGAGUGGGAAGAAACCUUUUAGAUAUUUUAGGAUGUGGUCUUCUCAUCCUAAAAGUUCAGAAAUGGUUUCCAAAUCAUGGCAGCAGCAGGUUAAAGGGACUAACAUGUAUCAGCUUGUGACUAAGCUUAAGAGACUCAAACCGAUUUUUAAAGCAAUUAAUCAGCUAGGUUUUUCAGACUUGCAUUCUGCUGUAAUUAAAGCCAGAGAACACCUGGAUACUUGUCAAGAUGCAAUGUGUAGUGAUCCUAUGAGCCAGGAAAUGCAGCAACAGGAGCUGGAAGCAAGAAAUUCCUAUGCUAAAGUUCAUAAUGCAUAUCAUUCUUUCCUCCAACAAAAGGCUAAAUUGACUUGGGUUAAAGAUGGUGAUGAUAAUUCAGCAUUUUUUCAUAGAAGUAUUCGUGAAAGAAGGGCCCAAAACAGAGUGCUUUCUAUUACUAAUGCCAAGGGAGUUCGGGUAGAUGAUCCACAACAGAUUAUUGAUGCUUUCUUAGAGUUUUACAAGAGUCUACUGGGCAGUAAAUUAGCAAGAAGGAAGUCUGUUUUGGCUACUGUUAUAAAUGUUGGGCCAGUGGUUUCGAGUUAUCAAUCAAAUAUGUUGUUAGCUGAUUUUUCAUUUGAAGAAAUUAAGAAAGCCAUCUUUGACAUCCCUGGCCUCAAAGCCCCUGGUCCGGAUGGCUAUAGAAGCUAUUUCUUCCAGGAAAAUUGGAAUCUUGUAGGUAAUGAUGUGUUUGAAGCUCUUACUUCUUUCCUUCAUACAGGGAAACUUUUAAAGGAAAUUAAUUCAACUGUUUUGACGCUUAUUCCUAAAAAUAAGUGCCCAAAUUCAGUUAGCGAUUAUCGCCCUAUUGCUUGUUGCAAUGUCAUUUAUAAAGCUGCUACCAAAUUAAUCUGUUCGAGGCUUAAAGUUAUUCUUCCUAGCUUGGUGGCACAGAAUCAAGGGGGGUUUGUUAAAGGGAGAUUCAUUGGGCAUAACAUUAUGAUCUGUCAGGAUCUUAUUCGACAUUAUGGGAGGAAAUCAGCCAAGGCUAAUUGUAUGAUCAAGCUUGAUCUAUAA